AUGUCCGGAACCAACGAUGAACGAGUAGGGGUAGAGGGUGAAGUGCAUCUCGUGAUGCGGCAUAAGACGAAGAAGACAAAGAGUGCUGAUCAGGGCGAGGUCCCACUAUCAAGCGAUCAACUUGCUGCACUGGCAAAGGAUUGCAUACCAUCAUGGAUAGAGAGUGGUAAAAUUCCGAAACCGCCUGUUGACCUUUUAGACGAAGUGUAUUCUCCGAGCAUACCGUCAAGAGGCUACCAAUUCUGCUUAGUGUGCGGAAAACACAAGAAAUUCACUAGUUUAGCUGGUCAUAUACAGGAUGUGCAUAAGGAAUUCACGGAGAAAUGGGAAAUACAGGUCCUAGUGCAUACGGGUCGCGGAAUGUUGGAAAGAACGAAGAAAGCGAGCGUUGACUUCACGCGGAUACCCGAACCAAGGACUGACCGAGAAUGGGACACGUAUGAAGAAAUUGUGGCUCAACUACGAAACGGCGGUGUUCCUGUUUAUGGGGUUUUGGAGCGACAUGUGGUGCUCCGCGAGCGUUUUAUGGCAGACAAUCCCCGUAUACAAUGCCAACAAUUGGAACUGAUGGAUCAAGCAGGACCGUCUGUUCAAGAGGCUUCUACUUCUUUUUCAUCGGUGUGUAUAUGCGAAAUUCAAGAAUUUUCAGUCGCUCUCUAUUUUUCUAAUCUAAUCAAUCUGAAAAUUCCCUCUUAG